CUGUGUGUACCAAGCAUCUCUCAACUUGGUACACAGUUUGGGAUAAGUUUGGCAACAGCUGCACAUUAUUUAUUCCUGUAAUGUUUAACCUGUCCAAUAUUAUGUUUUCUUUUAAGAAGAUUUAGGAUUCAGCUUAAAACCUUUGUGAGUGAAUCUUAUAAAAUUACCUAUUGACCUAAGUUCUAAUAGAAUGAACAUCAACAACUGGUUUCUAUUUAUCACCUCAUCAAUUAUUCCUCCUUUACCUCCUUGAUUUCUUCUUCUUCCUGUCCCUUGGGAGACGGAAAUUCCAGCAGCCCUCCUCCCCUCUCUGAGCCUUUCUCCCUUUUCCAUCUCCUCCCACUCCCUCUCUUCCCUUUCCUCCCUCAUCUUCCUCUCCUCUCCCAGUUUAGUUAGGUGCACGGUUUAAGUCCAGUACGGUUCUCACCUGGCUCUGUCAACAUGUCCUGGACUCGAGUGAUUGUCCUCUCUGCGCUCACCACCCUCCUCAUCCUCACCUUUUCCAGUGUGGUGGAAAACGCCGCAGUACGGGACGACUCUAAACCAGCCGAUCACAAAGGCGCAGCACGGCAGGUGUUCAUGCCCGAGUCGGAGGCCUCCAACUUCUUCAAACGUCGUGGUCGCCGUUCGGUCCAAUACUAUGAGUUCCAAGCUGAGCAGAGGGUACGCAUGCAAAAGGACGAGCAGAGGAGGGAGUACAACGAGGAGCAGAGGAACGAGUACGAGAACUACGUCGAGGAGGAGCGCGAUGAGAUAAAUGAGCGAUCGAGGGAGACCAACGAGCAGCUGAGGGAGUAUCACUACGACGGCUUUUAUCCCCGCUCCCAGUGGUUCCACUGAGCACACCUGCUGGUGUGGAAGCUACGGCGCCUCUCACUGGGACAGCAGUGGUACUGCCACUGUGUCACGUUGAGAGCCAGUGCUAAAUUUUGUACCGUUAUUUUUCUACUUUUUUUCAAUGUUUUGCAUGCUUGUUUUUAUUGCCCUUUACACACAUACGUGGUUAUAUCCAGUGUCCUUCAGUCAGCCUGAGAGUGACGUCAUUACUUUAAGUGUAAAUGACAAAUAAAGAGGAAUUUCCU